GAGCCGCCGGGCCCGGCGGCCCGCGAGGAGGAGGAGGAGGAGGUGGUGCGGGUGCUGACGCUGCCGCUGCAGGCUCACCACGCCAUGGAGAAGAUGGAGGAGUUCGUGUACAAGGUGUGGGAAGGGCGCUGGCGCGUCAUCCCCUACGACGUGCUGCCCGACUGGCUGAARGACAACGAUUACCUCCUGCACGGACACCGGCCCCCCAUGCCCUCCUUCCGAGCCUGCUUCAAGAGCAUCUUCCGGAUACACACGGAGACCGGCAACAUCUGGACACACUUGCUAGGUUUCGUGCUGUUCCUCUGCCUGGGCAUCCUGACCAUGCUGCGGCCCAACAUGUACUUCAUGGCCCCCCUCCAGGAGAAGGUGGUGUUCGGCAUGUUCUUCCUCGGGGCCGUGCUGUGCCUCAGCUUCUCCUGGCUUUUCCACACCGUCUACUGUCACUCGGAGAAGGUCUCGCGGACGUUUUCCAAGUUGGAUUAUUCAGGAAUUGCACUGCUGAUCAUGGGGAGCUUCGUCCCGUGGCUCUACUACUCGUUCUACUGCUCUCCGCAGCCAAGACUCAUCUACCUCUCCAUCGUCUGCGUCCUGGGCAUCUCGGCCAUCAUCGUCGCCCAGUGGGACCGGUUUGCGACCCCCAAGCACAGGCAGACGAGAGCAGGCGUCUUCCUGGGGCUGGGGCUGAGCGGCGUCGUGCCCACCAUGCACUUCACCAUCGCCGAGGGCUUCGUGAAGGCCACCACGGUGGGCCAGAUGGGCUGGUUCUUCCUCAUGGCCGUCAUGUACAUCACGGGCGCGGGGCUCUACGCCGCCCGCAUCCCCGAGCGCUUCUUCCCGGGCAAGUUUGACAUCUGGUUCCAGUCUCAUCAGAUCUUCCACGUGCUCGUGGUGGCCGCGGCCUUUGUCCACUUCUACGGCGUCUCCAACUUGCAGGAAUUCCGUUACGGACUCGAAGGGGGGUGCACAGACGACUCUCUCCUCUGAGAACAGCUGGUGAUUUUAGUACAAGCUUCCUAAGUGCUUUUUAAACUCUUGUCUUUGCUAAAAAAAAAACAAAAAAAAAAAUCCAAGGAAGACGCUAAACUGUUCGGGGUGUUUUUUUUUUCCUUUUUCCAAAAAAUGAAAGAGAGAGGAAAAAGAAACAGAAAAAUUCUUAGUGAAGUUCCUGUUGACCAAAUCCUCCCCCUUUCCCAUGCACUUUGCUGGGGCUGAGAGGAGGCUCUGGCCUCGCCGCCUCCAGCCUGUGUUUUAGCUGCACCGGAGUCACCCGCUCGGGCCGGGCRCCCCGUUCCCGCAAGGAAAGGGAGCCCCCUGCUCCUGGCACAGCCGAGCACCCCCUGCCCUCGCAGGGGCGAGCGGCGGCCGGAGCUUUUGCAUAUCCCUCUGCAGCAGCGGCGCCUGCCCCUGGCGCUGCUGCUCAGGGCACGGGCACAGAUUCCUGUAACUUAAGUUUCAAUUGUCUUAUUUGUCGUCUUUUUUUUCCCCCUUUCCUUGACAAAGUAAUGUAAACAGUAAAUGAGAGAAUAUUUAAUAUUUAAUACUAAGCUUUAAGAAGACUUGCUGCCAGCGCAGUGCACUCGGCUCCCUCGCUGUUCGGGGUAGUGAAGGAAGGACGGUGUUUUAGGAGAACGUAGAGCUGCUGUAGCCGAUUGAAAUAAACAGGUCAAUAGUCAUUGU